GAAUGGGUCGUGAGGGGUUGGGGGCCUCUGCCUGCUCUAUCCAAGGGCAAAGCAUUGGAAACUCAGUCACCUGCCCUUCCAAGCGAUAUGAUUCUCGUGUAAAUACUCAUAGGUUUUUUCUUUUUUAAUUUGUACAAAAAUGUACUUAUUUGGACGGAGAACGGCGUAUUUUAUUGGUUUCUAAGCGGAGGUUUCCCUGAUGUUCAAAUCAAACUGGCAGUGAUGAAUGAGAACCAGAAGAGGAUUGAAGCUUCGGUUGAGGCCACCCUUGUGGAAACAGUAGCAGACACGAAGAAGCAUGGACAGUCCUUCAGUGCUGCUGCAGGAGUUGAUGCUGAUACAGAUCCACAUACUGAUGCACAAAUAAACAACGGAAACGUGUGUAGAUCAGCAAGUUACGUAUAAGUAGUACUAUGUCUACUACAGGGGUACAGAAGGCUACCAAUAGUUCUACCUCAGAGCCAGAAGAUGGUGUUCAAGAACCAGCAUCACAAGUAGAUCAGGCUACUAAUAGUUCUACGUCAGAGCCAGAAGAUGGUGUUCAAGAACCAGCGUCACAAGUAGUGCAGACUAUAAAUAAUUCAGCACUAGAGUCAAGUGAUGGUGCUCAAGAACCAGCGCCACAAUAUAACGUCAAUCAUGAUGUUGCUGGACCAGCCACUAAUCAACAUUACUCCACUCAGCCACUCCCACAGUGGCCGCAUGUACUCAGCCCGUCUUCAUUCAUCGAUCCAUACGGAUUACCACCUCCAAAUGUAUUCCCAGUGUAUAACCCACCCCGAGCUGGCAGCUAUAUGCACGCUCCUCAGCACCUAUAUUCACAGUAUCCAACCGUACCAAUCUACAAUGCCAGAGGAUACGGACUUAUACCCACCUACGAUUCAAGAGGAUAUGGACCUGUACCUUACUAUGAUGCAAGAGGAUACCCAACUGUACCCAUCUACGAUUGCAGAGGAUACCAAACUCAUUUAAACCCAACCGCUCCCGCCUACUAUCCAAGAGGUUACCAACCUGCUCGAGCAGCUGAAACAAAGGUAACGGAAUCUCUAGAAAAGUCUGACACAAGUGAAGAAACUCCAUCUCAGAAACUAGACUUGACUGUAACGGAAUCUCUAGAAAAGUCUGACACAAGUGAAGAAACUCCAUCUCAGAAACUAGACCUGACUAUAAUGGAAUCUCCAGAAAAGUCUGAAAAAAGUGAAGAAACUCCAUCUCAGAACUGGUACCAGAUUGUUGUAACGGAAUCUCUAGAAAAGUCUGACACAAGUGAAGAAACUCCAUCUCAGAAACUAGACCUGACUAUAAUGGAAUCUCCAGAAAAGUCUGAAAAAAGUGAAGAAACUCCAUCUCAGAACUGGUACCAGAUUGUUGUAACGGAAUCUCUAGAAAAGUCUGACACAAGUGAAGAAACUCCAUCUCAGAAACUAGACCUGACUGUCAUGGAAUCUCCAGAAAAGUCUGAAACAAGUGAAGAAACUCCAUCUCAGAACUUGGAAUUGAGUAUCAAUAAGCAAAAUCUGUCACAAGAAUACCUUGAGGAUGAUGUCAAUGAUCCUACAGACUACACUGCAGAAUCUUUCAGUGAAUUCCAACAGGAAGAACCUAAAGUGACAAAGUCUUUAUUCAUCUAUCAAGUCAAUAAAGAGGUAAAGAAAUUUGUAAAAAAACCUCCUCUAAGUGUGCCAGAGGAACUAACUGAACCCCAAUGGAUACAACCAUUUACAAAAGAGGACCUACAAUUAAUAGAUUUUGAAAAUCCUUUACAUCUCAAGAUAUAUGUUGAUUCAGAAUCAGCAGUAGUGCUGAGGCUGAGAGAAGACAAGCCCAGUAUAUCUGUGAGAAUCAACACCAAGGGCCAGCUUCAAGUAUUGUGGGAUAAGAUGACUAUUACAUUGGAUGUAACAUGGACAACAUUCAGUAUUCUACACAAUCUGGUACACAUUCAAGCUAAAAUUUUAUCCGCUACAAAUAUUACACUUCCUGCUCAGUUACAGUUCAUAAAUAUAAUGGCAGAAAGGAUACUUUUUGGUUCCUAUAAAGAAGAAGAUGGUAAUGAAUAUAUUUCAGAAAAUGUAUUCAGACUCAGCAAUGCUGGGUUAGUAAAAAAAACUUCAAUAAAUUUACCAAAAGUGAUUGGUGAAGUAUUUUGUAAAAGCAAUGGAAUCGAAGAUGCCAUUUCUCUAGGCACCCUGAUAAUGUUGAAAAAGUCUUCUACACAAGAACAUUGGAAGUUGGGUCACAAUGUCAAUGUGAUCUUCACCCCCAGUACAGGAGAAUUAAGAAUUGAGAAAGAAGGAAAUAGCCUAAUCAUCAAAGGCUCUGAAGUGUUCUUGACAACAAAUCUCAAUACUGAAGAAGCUCUGAUGCGAACAGUAAUAGAUUCUGAGAAGGAAGAAAUUGUUAUACAUAACACUGUCACUAAAACCAAGGUAGUCCUAAACAUUCCGCAAGAGACUCUAGAAUUCACAACUAGACUUUAUCGGGUAAUAGCUACUGGGUUCAAAGAGCCUCGUUUUAAUGUUCAAGGUUUCUAUACUUAAAAUUUGCCAGGACACUUGCAAAUAUUGACUUAAAUACUGUAUUUAAAAACUGUACGUUUUAAUAGAAACCAAUCAAAAUUUUUGAUGAAAUGUUUAUGAUUUAGAUUAGAAAGUUUGUUAUACUUGUAUUCACUCAUUCGUUUUGUAUAGGUACAAAUGAGAAUUCAAGGUUUAUUUUGAAAAAAAAAAAACAACUGUAAUUUUAAUACUUUAUUACAUUCUAACAGUUGAUUAGAUUUAAGUUUAUUUCCUCUCUGUGAAUUACUAGUUAAUAAUAAUUAAGUGUAUAUGAUAGUUACUACCUCAUAGUUCAAUAAUGUAAUUUAUUGUUGACUAAUAAAUUUAUUUUUAAACAU